UUCUUUUCUUCUUUUGUUUCCCGAACUCUCCAAGGCCUCGAGAGGAGUUGGAGCUCGGAACGGAGCGCCUUCGGCUGUACAUUUUGGCUGCCGAUCGUUCAAGAGGAGGGGUUGUCUUGGAGCCGCUCUCCCGGCAUUCUCGGUGGGCGGCCCUUGAAACCCUAACCCUAUUCGUCAUCGCCACGAUCUGGAUCUGGUGUCCGGAAGGAUCUCGUGUCCGAAAGUUUGCGCCUUUACGGGUCUGGUGUUCGGAAGGGAAACCCUAGCUUUGGUUUUCCGGGAAAGAGUAGAAGAAGGGAGUUCUGCGUGGAGGAGUCGGAUUGCGGAUUGUAGGUACCAUUGAUUGCUGGAAAAAAAAUUAAAGAAUCUCGACUUGAAGGUUUAUACAUCGAUUUUACACCCAAAAUUCGAUUUUGGGCUAUCGGGAACUCUUUGAAGAAGAAAAGCUCUAAUUUUUAUACCAUUUAUUUAGUUCAAAGCUUCAAUUUUCCAUUAAUUUUGCAAUGGAGGUUGUGAUUCCUGAUUACUCGCUGUUCCCUUCCUUCUUCGCAAUGUUCUGUCUCAUAUAUCUGCUUGGACGCUUGGUAAUUUUCCAUAAGUGGAGUCCAAAGCAGCUCCCGGAUGCUUCGAGUUGUUUCAUCUCUUUGUUCCACGGAACGCCGGCUGUCUUCUUGGCUCUUUCUGCAAUUGUAUCACAACCUAUUCGAGGAUUUGCCUCCCAGAAUACCAAUUUCCAGAACCUGGUUCUUGACUUCAGCAUUGCCUACUUCACAACUGAUCUACUCCACUACCUGAUUUUUAUCCCUGGAGACUAUCUGUUCAUUGGCCACCACCUUGCGACGCUCUUUGUGUUCGUCACCUGUCGCUACCUUGUUCUUCAUGGUGCUUUUGCAAUACUAGUCCUCUUGGUGUUUGCGGAGGUUACCAGUUUUUGCCAGAAUGUAUGGACGCUGGCCGGUCUCCGGAAAGAAGAAGUGCCCAUUGCAGCAAGAAUACAUAUGUUCUUAUCUCCUCCUUUCUAUGCUUUGUAUACUGCCAUGAGGUGCUUUGCAGGGCCCGUGUUCUUCUAUAAGAUGAGUGCUUUUCAUUUGAGUGGGAAGGCUAGUGAUGUGAUUCCGAUGUGGGUUUCUGUCUCAUGGAUUGUCGUGGUUGGUGCGGCAAUUGCUGUCAGUAUCCUGUGGAUUUCAAAUCUUUGGAUGGAGCUGUUCAGAGAGAUGAAUCAGAAAGAAGAGAAGAAAGGGAGGUAGUUGCUGGCUGGAGAAGGAUGAUCAGCAGUUUGGUGGAUAAGCUGUAUCCAAUCCUCAUGACUCAAUGAAGUUCUUCAUCAGCAAAGCUUGUGCUCAGCUGAAGGUUUCUCAGGUACAGAAGGAAUGGUUGCUUGUAUCUCCAAGACAACAUUGUGCCCUGCAAAGGCAAAAGCAACAUCUCCCAGUGCACUCAAGAAGUUGAAGACAACUUUCGAUGCGGUCGAAGCUCUGUAACCAUAGUCCACCCCUUCCUGCUGGCCCUUUUCAACAGCAGCUACCCAAGCAAUAGUGGAGUAACAGGUCCAGUUAUGAGAAUCAGUCUAAAGAAAGUAAAAGAUGAGUAUAUAACAACUGCAUGUAUUGAUGGUAAAUAAUCUAAUUGCAGAGCAACUGAGAGUCCCUACCUUCAGAGGUAAUGAUCUAACCAAAAUAUUUCUACCUUACGAUUCAAGUUGUUCUUGCUCUUUUAGGCCUUUCAACUAUAAAGAAGGAAAAGGAAAUACUAACAAGACCAAGAAGUGUUCGUCAUUUAAACUAUUGCAAGAGGAGUUGGGGUGAGUUAAAGUGGCGAAAUUCGAUUCCCCGAGCGACAUGAUAGCAGCAG